CAGGAAAACUCACAACUUUUUGGUUUUCAAACUUAGAAAGCUUUUGAAGUCUCUUGGGCUGUUUGAGAGUGUUGGCUCUUACUAUGACAUUUAGUCACCAGCAUUCAGGAAAAAAAAUAGCCUAUUUCAAAAAAGGCAUCCUCCCCAGUGUCCAUGCAUUUGGGAAAUAAUGUAUUUUAUUUUAUUUUAUUUUUUUUUGCAUGUAUGAUCAUGACCGUGAGAAACAGAAUUACUGUAGAAGAUGGCAAACAGAAUGUCUUAUUAGAGAGAAUUGUAGUUUUUUACAGAAUAAACUUUGCUCAUCAAUACAAACCUGCUUUCAAAUCCAAUCAGACAUCCUCGGAGUUAUGUUUGGAGCAGCAGCUUCUAGAUUUAAAUACUUUCAUUUUACUUAAUAUCCUCCCAUUUCUAGAUACUGAGUUUUCAAGGAGUCUUUCUAAGAUUUUUAUGGCAACCUGGCCAGGGAGUCCAAGUCAAAGUUGUUUCAUCCAUGUGUUUGAGAAAACGAUGUCUUAAAGCCACAGCUUUGAUUUCUGCAGCUUCAUGCCAUCCUAAACUACACCCCCAGCAAUUAGUGACAAUACCGAAGACCAGAAAGGCAAGCUGAAGACACCCGACUUCGCUUGAAGGGCAAACAGGAACUCCAAACACCAUGUCAGUGGCAACAGAACAGUUGAACCUUUCCCAGAGGGAACACAGAUGGCUGUAUUUGGAAUGGGCUGCUUCUGGGGGGCUGAGCGCAAGUUCUGGCUCUUGAAAGGCGUGUAUUCAACCCAAGUGGGCUUCGCAGGAGGCUUCACACGCAAUCCCACCUACAAAGAAGUCUGCACAGAAAAAACCGGCCAUGCAGAAGUCGUCAGGGUUGUGUACGAGCCAGAGCGCGUCAGCUUUGAGGAGCUGCUCAAGGUCUUCUGGGAGAAUCACGACCCGACCCAAGGCAUGCGUCAAGGCAACGACUACGGCACCCAGUACCGAUCGGCAGUCUAUCCUACUUCCAGUGCUCAGAUGGAAGCAGCCCUGAGAUCCAAGGAGGAAUACCAAAAGGUUCUUUCAAAGCAUGGCUUUGGCCCCAUCACCACCGACAUCCGAGAAGGACAGGAGUUCUACUACGCAGAAGACUACCACCAGCAGUACCUGAGCAAGAACCCGGAUGGCUACUGCGGCCUUGGGGGUACUGGAGUGUCCUGCCCAGUGGGCAUUAAAAAAUAAUCUCUCUCCCCGAAGUUGGCCCUGGAGGCUCCAGCAAAACCAUGGCUGCUGGAUGGAACGAUACUGCUGUGAUUCACAUAAGCCAAUUUCUAAAGAGCGCACACCACACAGGCAUUGGCGGGAAUCUGGUCACUCGUGGGGGUUUGAUUUACAGGAAGUGCUAUGACAAGCUGACAGAUUGUAAUUCGUCUUCUGUUCAGCCCGGGUGGGGGUAGAGCAUGAUAUUUUGGUGGCUCAUUUGGGAUCUAAAUGGAGGUGAUGAAUGCCCCGUGUCCACCUGCUUGGGCUCAAAGGGACACUACAGGUUCUGAGCAGGGGGAGGGUUGGGAGGGUGUGGGGUACUGGGACUCCUUGGUCUAUGCUGAUGUACCUCACCCACUCCCCUGCGUUCAGGUGCCUAACUCAUUAAUUCUGCAGGCUCCAUGAAUCAUUUGCUAUAAUGCUUUGCUCAGCUAACCCUAGAAGUGUGUAAGGGGUUGCUCUCCCUCCUCCCUCCUCUUCUGGUAGAGAAAAGACAUGAGUGGCCUUAAUGAAAUCUAACAUUGUGCUUACAGCUAUGGAAAAGCUUGUUCUAAUAAAAAUCUACACUUUGGUAAUAGCAA